AUGGGUAUGUUCAAGAAUAGUCGCGUCUACGUGCUCGCCACGGUGGCGUAUACGGGUUCAUUCCUAUUCGGAUAUGACACAGGUGUGAUGGGAAGUGUGCUGGAACUUCCAAGUUUCAAGGCUGAUUUUGGACUUCAAAGUGGAAGUUCUGGUUUCUCAGAUGCCAAAAAUGCUAAAGUCUCAUCGAAUGUCGUUUCACUUCUCACUGCCGGAUGUUUCUUCGGCGCUAUCUGCGCCUCCUUCGUCAACGAGAAGUUUGGCCGUCGCUAUUCCAUCAUGGGAUUUCUGAUGUUCUUCCUUAUCGGCUCUGCUGUCCAAACCGCCGCUACCGGCGCGCUAUCAUAUAUGUACGGUGGACGGGUGAUUGCAGGUUUCGGAAUCGGAGGCAUGUCAGCUAUCACUCCAGUCUUCGUGUCCGAGAACUGCCCACCGGCGAUUCGUGGCCGUAUUGCUGGUCUCUUCCAGGAAUUCCUCGUUAUUGGUGUCACCGUUGCAUACUGGCUUUGCUAUGGUGUGGCAGAAACCGUCGCCCCCACAACCAAACAGUGGCGCAUCCCUAUUGGAUUCCAGCUUGUGCCCGGUGGUCUUAUGAUGAUCGGCUUGUUCUUUUUGACCGAAUCUCCUCGUUGGUUAGCCAAAGAAAAUCGCUUUGAGGAAGCUCUUGAAGCUCUUGCAUAUAUGCGCUCCGAGCCAACUACGAGCCCUGCGGUCCAAACUGAGAUGGCGGAAAUCAAAGCGGCCGUUGAACACGAAGUUGAAUCAACCCAGGGACUUACUUGGCGAGAACCAUUCCUACCUGGCAACCGCAUUCGCUUUGUCAACUGUUUCUUGAUGAUGUUCUGGCAGCAGUGGACCGGCACCAACAGUAUCGGAUACUAUGCCCCCCAGCUGUUCCAGACCGUUGGAGUGGCCGGAGGCAACACGAGUCUGUUCACAACCGGUAUCUAUGGUAUCGUCAAGGUAGUGACCACCGGAAUCUUCCUCAUCAUUGGUAUCGACAAGGUUGGUCGGCGGUGGUCUCUUAUUGCUGGAGCCAUUUGGAUGUGCACAAUGAUGUUCAUCCUGGGUGGUGUUCUGGUGUCCUAUCCUCCGGACCCUAGCGGUAACGGUGGUAUUUCGUCUGCAUCCCUCGCUAUGAUUGUCAUGAUUUACCUCUACGUCAUUGGCUACUCUGCAUCGUGGGGACCGAUUCCAUGGGUUUACAUUUCUGAAAUUUUCCCAACUCGCCUUCGUGCGUACGGUGUUGGUUGCGGAUCGGCAACACAAUGGCUCUUCAACUUUGUAGUGACUUAUGUCACUCCCGCGGCAAUCGGUAACCUUGGCUGGCAAACCUUCAUCAUGUUUGGUUGCUUCUGCUUUGCCAUGGCUUUCUGGGUUUUCCUCGUGGUUAGGGAAACCAAGGGUCGCUCUCUCGAGGAGAUGGACGUCCUCUUCGAGAAGUUCCAUGCCUUUGGCAGAUUACGUGAUAUUGAAACUUCAGACGAAACGAAGCUUUCAUUUGAUGGCGCUGUUACCUCAGAUCAUAAGGAAGUGCAGGGUGUUGAAACUGAGGAUCGUGCGACCAGAUAA